AUGAAGGCGGUGGCUCCCUCAGCACUGUCAGAAGAGGCCAUGGUGAGCCUACUUGGUAGAGAGGAUGCUAUCCACGAUUCUUUUUUCUAUCUCUGUGGCCGACUUCUUUCAAAGAAAGCGAUGGUGCUUUCAUCGUUCUCGGCGGCAAUCUCCAAUAUUUGGGGAUUGAAGGAGAGGAUUCUAAUCCGGCAAGAGGAGGAGGACAUCUUUGUCUUCCAAUUUAAAGAGAUGGAGGUGAAGAAUCGAGUAUUCUCGAAGGGUCCUUGGUUAUACAACAGCUCUAUGUUGUUGCUAGCGGACUAUGAUGGGGUCUCUGCCCUAGAAGUGGCGCAGCUGCAUCUCCUUGAGGUGCGGGUGGUUGUGAGAGGGUUGCAGAUUGCGAUGCGGAAUGAGAAAGCCCUAACCAUAAUUGGACGGGCGUUGGGGACUUUGUUCGAGUUGACCAGGGGGCGGUGUUGA